GUGUUGAGUGGUUGCAGGGCCACUAUAUAAAGAGAUAGCAGAGGAACACUGCAACUGUCUUUUUGGUCUGGUUUGGCCUGAACCAACCAACCUACCUUUCUGGAAAAUACUUUGAAUGGAGUGUGCUGCUUCAACUAUGAUGGCUGUUGGGUACCUUCUCAGAGUGUCUUGGAUUUGUUUAUUGCUGUUUGGUGGUAGUCUUCCUUUCCCGUCAAUGAAGGGGUACAAGUACACCUCCAGUGACCAUCCUAAAGCUAUGGCUGAGGAUAUCAAGCUAGCAAAUUAUCCAACUGGGAUGUUGGAUUUAUAUAGCCUAGUAAAAGGAUAUUCAGACCGAAGCAACAAAAUCCCACUAGCUGCAGCUUUAAAGCAGGCACCCUUGAACCCAGAGAAAGGGGCGAGGUUCCAGGGAGGUGGAGCGAUGGAGCUUGGACAGGAAAAUGCCAAGAUUGCAGACUGGAACCGUGUCGGGCCAGUGACAUUCCCUCUAAGACCUCCCUACCAGCUUAACUCAUUUGAGGAGCAGUGGGGAAGCAGAAAGCCUAUGUUCCCAUCAGCUUAUGAGCCCUCUACCAAACCAUCUUCAGAACUGGCAGGCUCUGACCUUAUCCCACCUACUCCAUAUCUGUUUUAUGAUGCAUUCAGUAGUGAUCCUACUUUGGAGUCUAAACAAGUGUCUACAAGUGGCGUGUACUUUAAUCCUACCCAGAACCUCAACUUCCAGGCUGGUGAACGAGAGGGCUCACAGAUCUAUGCCGACCAGCCAAGCAGUUGGUCCUCUGCUUCCUACAUGACCGGAGGAGAGGAGCCGGUAUUCAGUAACGUGGGCCAGGCAGCUCUGACCAUUGGCGCACAGACUCUGCAGGCUGACAAAGUAUCUAGUAGUGACACUAAUGGGGGUUACUAUAGCUCUGCACUGCAGCUCGACGUCCAGGCUGGUUCACAAAGCUAUUCCCCAAACUUGGUCUAUGAGGAUGUUUUUUAUUACCCAGAUGCUGAAACUGCACUGCUUCCUUCAAAAGAGGGUGACCGCUAUGUCUCUGCAAAUGCGGUCCGGCCAAGCACUUGGUCCUCGGCUCACUACAUGAGUGGAGGCGCAGAGCCGGUAUCCUCCAGUCACACAGGUCACUGGGCCCAUCCUGCUCCUGUUGAAACCCCCAUCUAUCCAACCUAUGUGGCUCCUUUGUACUUGGACUCUACUUCAAGUAAGCUUCAUUCAGAGGGGGUUGACACCUCCAAGUAUGACUCUAUGAACGCAGUCCAGCCAAGCACUUGGUCCUCGGCUUCCUACAUGACCAGAGAAGAGGAGCCGGUAUUCUCCAGUCAUACAGGUGACUGGGCUCAUGUUGCUCCUGUGGAAACCCCUGCCUAUCCAAGCUAUGUGGCUGAUUUCGGCUUGGACUCGACUUCAAGUAAAGCCGCUGCACAACCAGUCCUCUUCAUGCCACUGAAGAAGGCUCCUCAGCUGCCCAGCUCCAAGUGGCUUCAGAUAUCGAAGGAGGCUCCUCAGCUGCCCAGCUCCAAGUGGCUUCAGGGAUCGAAGAAGGCUCCUCAGCUGCCCAGCUCCAAGUGGCUUCAGAGGCCAAAGAAGGUGACGGACCAGUCUGCAGCUACCUACCUUGUCCAAUCCAAGGGUGGACACAUCCGAGGCCGUCAGGUGUUCUCCAUGAAGAAAUACUUCAGCGGUUUCCCUCCACCGCCCGCAUCCGUGCUUAUGGAGAUGAAGCCUAAAUCUGAGACCGUAAGAGGUAAAUGGUGACCACUUGGCCAUCAAUCGUAGUGGUGUUCAUGCUUGUGCGUGGCUUCACUGACCAGCAGUAAUUGGCUUUCCUUUUUCAGCACAAGUUUGUAACCUGAAUAAACUAAAUGUUACUUUUUAAACUUGA